CCCUCAACUUUAGAUUUUCUUCCGUUUGUAUGUGAUGCUUGCUCAGGAAUAUUUUGCCUUGAACACAGAAGCAGAGAGUCGCAUAGCUGUCCCGAGGUGACCGUGAUCAAUGAGAGACUGAAGUCCGAUGCGCAUCCAUCUUACCCGUGCUCUUUCAAGGGCUGCGCUGAAAGACAGCUUGUACCGGUUGUGUGUCCUUAUUGUGAGAAGCACUUCUGCCUGAGACACCGUCAUCAGUCAGAUCAUGAAUGUGAAAAACUGGAAGUCCCUGAGCCUCGAAUGGCUGCCACUCAGAAACUUGUUAAAGACAUCAUUGAUUCCAAGGCGGGACAGACGACAAGGAAGGGACGGAAGGGCGCUAAAAAUAGCGAAACAGCUGCAAAGGUUGCCUUGAUGAAGUUGAAGAUGCAUGCCUAUGGAGACCGGUCCGUGCCACAGACAGAACGAAUUUACUUUCAAGUUUUCUUACCUAAGGGGAGCAAGGAGAAGAGCAAACCGAUGUUCUUCUGCCACCGAUGGAGCGUUGGAAAGGCCAUCGACUUUGCAGCCGCUUUGGCCAGUCUUAAAAAUGACAACAACAAAUUCACAGCUAAGAAAUUAAGGCUGUGUCACGUGACUUCGGGACAGGCCUUACCCUUGGAUCACACGUUAGAAAGCUGGAUGGCUAAGGAGGCUUGUCCUUUGCACAGCGGUGGAAAUGUCAUCUUGGAGUAUCUUAGUGACGACGAACAGUUCUUAAAAGAUAUUGAUUCUUACUUUGAAUAGUCGUUCAGGAUUCAAGCCAGGAAUCACAGUGAAAAUUCUACGUGAAGUUGGUUUUAUUUACUACAAAUAGUAUAUAUUUUUAUUUUUAAAAGUUGUUUUUAAAUUUAUUUCCAUUACAUCAUAAUGUACAUUAUCAGUUUUCUAUUAAAUCGAAUUUGAAUUUUGUGUUUCAAAGUUUAACUAUGAACUUACACUCGAUUGCAAAUUCUUAUAUUUAAUGAGCUUUUAUAGGCUGUAGAAACAACAAAAAAGUGUAUUUCUCAUUUGAUUGACAUCUUCUGUUGGUGGACUAUGAUUCUGCUACGUGUCAUCUUCACCCCAGGAUCUAAACUGAAUGUUUAGAUGUCCUUUUUGGGACAUUGCCAUUCUUAGCACAGAGGAAGAAAGAGAUGGCUCUUAGGAGAUACAGGUGUCACUUUUUAACAAGUAACGUGACCACGCGUAGCAUCAUGGGGCCGGGAAGUGUAGCCUUCCUAUCUACCUGCAUCGUGAUGUGUAAAUCGAUGUCUGUACCUGAAUCCUAGAAACUUAGGGACCGUGUCAUCCACUCUUCAGAGUGUGUGGAUGAAGAGUCUCAGGCCGGGAAGGGGAGUGGUUUUGCUGGUGUGCCCUCACCGCCUCGGGGCCCAUCUCUGAUCACGGACCUCCUCCAGUGGACUCACCUCUUCGUCUGUAGGAAUGAACUGCAGAUGAGAGGGAAGGUGGAGCCGCUCGGCUUCAUUACGGUCUGCUUAUAUUUCGCCAAAGCAAACUACUUGCUAACAGUAACUGCAGUUUACCGACCCAUUAAAAUGACCGCUCUGACGGAUGUGUUCCAUCUGUUUGCGACAAAGUACUACUAUGUAGAAGAAAUAGAACUUAUUUCUGUUCUUUGUCCCUUUUCCAUUUUUAUUGUCAUGGACACAUAUAGUGACUUCAGGUUUCAUUAAAGGAAAAACUAAUGUUCAUUCA